GUAAACAGUGAGUUAGCUCCAUGGCUGUCACUUCAUGUUCAGCGGCGUUGGCUUAGUGACACUUUGUGGAGACAGGAACACCAAAAAAAAAAAAAAAAUAUAUAUAUAUACGGAGGAGUUUGAACCGAGGAUGCAGGCCGUACGGAAGCGUCAAGGCGCCGACUCCCAGACGGCGACACAGAACAGCAAACCAGUGUCAAAGGAGAAAGGGCUUCCAAAGAAAAGGCCAGGCUUCCACUUUGACCUAUGGCUCUGCCUCACAGUGCAGAACUGGAUCCUGGAUUUCGGACGGCCCAUUGUCAUGAUUAUCCUUCCUCUGGAGUGGUUCCCCCUGAACAAGCCCAGUGCUGGAGACUACUUCCACAUGGCCUACAAUGUCAUCACACCGUUCCUGAUGCUCAAGCUGAUUGAACGCAGCCCUAGGGCUCUGCCACGCUCAGCGGUCUACCUCUGCAUCAUCACCUUCGUCAUGGGAGCCAGCAUCCACCUGGUGGGCGACUCCAUCAAUCACCGACUCAUCCUGAGCGGAUACCAGCUCCACCUGUCCGUCAGGGAAAACCCAAUCAUCAGAGACCUCAAACCAGCCUCACUGAUUGACUCCUUUGAGCUGCUGUAUUACUAUGAUGAACAGCUUGGACAUCUAAUGUGGUAUAUUCCUUUCUUCAUUAUUCUGUUCCUAUACUUCACUGGCUGCUUCACCCAAACCAAAGAGCACAAGAAGAUCCCAGUGUCUGGCUGGUUAUUACUGGGACCCAGCGCGCUUUAUUUUUGGUACCUCAUCACUGAAGGGCAGAUCUUUGAACUUUUCCUCCUCACAUUUCUCGCCAUGGUUGCCAUGGUAAUUCAUCAACAGCGUAAAGGUCUGAGCCCAGACAGCAAUGGCCUCUUUCUCUUCUGUAGUUUCUCUGUGUCCAUGGCUCUGGUUGUGGUGUGGGUCGUCUAUCUGUGGGACGAUCCGGUUCUACGCAAGAAGUACCCGGGUCUCAUCUACGUUCCAGAGCCGUGGUCCUACUACACCUUACACAUCAAGGAGACACACUGAGGGAGCUCCUUCUGAGUUUUUGCCGAAUGGUGGAGCUUUCCUCUUCCUUGUUUUUGCUCGAAUUGACUGAUGUGUCCGCUCUCUCCAGUCGGACGUCUGAUGGCCGAAGUAUCUCCUGAGAACAUGGAGAUCCAUGGAGAUGGACAUUUAAUAUGAAGGGGAUUUGGCUUUAAAGGAGCAGUUCACACAAAAUUAAAAAAAAAAAAAAAAGAUAUUUCCCCGCUGACGUCUAGUGCGAUCCAUCCGUUUCUGAGUGAUUUGGCAAGGUUUGCAGUCUGCCGCGGUGUUGCCAAGACACCUUUCCAUCAAACUGCGUCUAUCCGCCUGCAAGGAGCAUGAAUUUGGGUCACAUAGAUACAGUUUGUGGGUGUUUUUGGCGAAAAAUAGUUCCCGAUGGAAGUCUCUGAGGUCUUUGAAUUAUGCCAGGGAUAUGACAGGAAGAUCUGGAUGGAUAGACUGCACUGGGGGUGAUUGGGAUUUUUUUUUUUUUUUUUUUGUAUUUUGGAUGAGCUGUUAAUGUAAUAGCAUGUCUCCAAAUUUCUUUGACUUUGCAUGUCAUUUGACCUGUUAUGAACUGAUGAACUUAUUGAACUUAUGAAGUGGUGAUGAGCGCUGAGGAGAUAAUGAAAAAAAGCCAAGGUUGACCAUCUCUUGCCAAAGACACAGGAUUACAGAAAUUUUAGCCCUUUAUUAAAUGCUUAUCCUACGUCAUCUUAAUCAUUACCUACCAAAACAUGGUAGAAGUUUAUUUUACAGCCCACAAUUUACGGGGCAGUUACAGGGUUACAAAGCCAAAAUUUGGGGAAUUAAGGGGUAACAGUUUUGUAGUAAAGUGAAUGACAUAGCAAUGUUUUUGUUAACAAGUUCUAAGAAAAUAUGUGUACAAACUGCGGGUGUUGCGAUAUACCAGUAUUGACGAUAACUGUGAUUU